AUAUUACACACAACUCUCUCUUCCUUCUUCCCUCCACAAACCAAACAUUGAAGCUCUUCUUACCUUUAUCAUCCACUAACACAACACAAUGGCUUAUACUCUGAAAACACUGACAGCCACAAUUGUUCUGGUAAGCCUGCUUCUUGGAAGUACAGAGCAAGUGAGCGGAACGCGUUACAUUUCCAAUUCCCCCGCUCCCAGUGAGAGCAAACAUUCAGACUUUCUAGUGAACAUGGUGCCCCAACCAUCUGGUAUCGUUCCUGGUUUUGGAAGGUUCUUGCUGCCUCCCACACCUAAGCUACCGUUCCUUCCUUACAAAGAUCCCCUUGCUGCUGCCCCAGUCACCUCUUAUCCAACUCCUCCUAGUCGUUUUGCCUCAAACACUGGAUAUAAAUCUCGCAGUCCGAGUUCAAUAGAAGAUCAAGUUCCACCAGUGCCUCAACCAUGAGUUUUUCUUCAACCUGUCACAAAUAAGCAUCUGCUAGAUACCUUCUUCUGGUAUACAUUACAAAUCUACUAUUCAUCUCUCUCUUUUUAUACUUAAGAAAGAAAGAAAUAAUGUAUUGACUAUUGAAUGAACUCCAGAGCUUUUGCUCAUAUACUAUCUAAAAAUAAUGAGAUAAUUACAAAAUAAAACGUAAUGACUCCACAUUGCUGCAAAUUUU